AUGAAAAAUGUUACCACAAUAGCUUCCGAACUAGAUGUUGAAAUACACAUGCCUCGAAUCUGUGGGAGACAAAUUGCCCGAAACAAUAUAAAUGCCCAAGACGCAGAACAAUAUUAUAAAAUAGCAAUAUUUACAUCAUUUCUUAAUAAUCUAAUUGCUCAGUUACACUCAAGAUUUGAUAAAAGAUUAGAAACAAUUAUACCACUAGAAGGACUCAUACCAUCUAAUUUCACACACUAUGACGACCAAUCAAUCUUAGCUGCUGCUUCUACGUAG